AUGGCGGCCUCCAUCAGCAUGGAGGAGUUCCAAGGCACACCCCAUUUGCCGCGCUUCCAGACGCAGCUGCUGGAGGUGAAGCAGGCCAAAUACGAGAGCGACGAACAGCGCAAACGUCUGCAAAUGGAGCUGGAGAAGCAGAAGGAGCGCACGGCCGCCCUGGAACGCGAGCUCAAGAAGGCCCAGGACCUGAUGGCGCGCAGCAAGAACGCCAAGGACGUCGCCACCCUCCAGGCCGAGAACCGCAACUUCAAGAGCCUCCUCGAACAGACCGCCCGCGAGCACAAGGAGCAGCAAGCGGCGCUGAGGAAGAACAUGAAGACCAUCUACGAGUCCAAUGCCGACAUGGCGGCCCAGCUGGAGGCCUACAAGGAGCGGGAGCAGGCCCUGACGCAGCGCGAGAAGGACUGCCAGGCCGCCGAGGAGCGGCUCCGAAGCCAGCAGGAGGAAGUCGCCCAACGAACCCAGCAGCUCCAGGAGCAGACCCAGCGCGCCCUCGAGGAACAGCAGCGCCAACUCGACGCCCGGUACACACCCAUGAUCCCCGCCGCCGCCGCCGCCAUUACCGCGCGCCACACAGGACCAACCGACGUCCUCGUCGAGGAGCUGACGCACCGGGCGUGCGCGUGGGCCGUCGCCGCCGCUGCGUGCAGGAUGGAGGAGGUGAAGCGGAGGGAGGAGGAGCUACGGGGCCACGAGGGCAAGAUCAAGCAGCACCUCCUCGACUCCCUCGUGGGCGGCGGCGGUGGCAGCGGCGGCGAGACCCUCGACCCGUUCGCCUCCGCUUCGUCCACGUCUGCUUCCAGCCAGCUGUGGGGGGACGACGAUGACGACGACGAACCCCUCACGCUCACCGCCAGCAGCAGCAGCAAGCCGAAACAGCAGCAGCAGCCUGAAAAGAUGGCCACGCCCGCUCCAGAGCCGGCGGUGGCGAGCGAGGCGGACUCUGCCCCGCCCGCUACUACGGCCACGCCUACUGCCGCUGCGGACGAGCAGGCAGCCGCCAGUGCCGACGCCGCCGCCACCGCGGUAACGGAUGGGCAGGCGGAAGCAGGCGGAAAUGAGCAGCAGGGCGUGGAGGCCGCCGCCUCCGUGCCGCCACCCUUGUCGCCCGCCGCCGCCGCCGCCGCCGCCGCCGCCGAUGAAGACGCGUCCGCUGCGGCUGAUCUAUCCACGACGCCAUCGCUGGCGGAGAGCGAUACCGCUGCGGAGGGGCGAGAGGAGAACAGUCCCGAGGGUGGAACACAACCGAUGGAUACAACCGGCAACGACGACCAGCGCGUGGCCGAAGAACCGCAGCCGCAGCAGUCGGACGAUGGCGGCCACGCCGCCGCCGCUGCCGAUGACCGGCCGGGAGAGGAGGAGCUCACGCCCGCCGCCGCCACCACCACCACCAGCAGCAGCACCGAUGUGGGCGAACAGCAGCAGCAGGAGCAGGUUUCGGCCCCAGCCACGACGCCCAGCACUCCUGCUGCGCAGCCCGACGAGCUCGUGGCCGAGUGUGCGGCGCUGCGUGCGAAGCUGGAGGAGGCCCACACCCAGCUGCAGGACCUGCAGGCCCAGCUGUCCGUGUGGCAGGAGAAGACCAAGUUGAAGCACAGCAACUAUGUGCGGCUGCAGGAGGAGAUGAAGGACCUCACCGAGGCGCACUCCAACCAACUCGAGCGCUUCGCCAAGGAAAAGGACGACGCGACGCAGAGCCACCUGGCCCUGCAGGAGCAGCUCCACGCGACCGUGGACGCACAUACCCGGGAGCUGGAGGAGCUGCAGCAGAAGGCCAGCACGCUGGAGGCCGAGCGCGCGCGCCUCGUGGACGAGCACAAGGCCGAGCUGGAGAAGCUCGCCAAGGCCAAGGGGGAGGAGUCGGGGGUGGCGGUGGCGCGGCUGGAGGAGGAGGCGCGUGCGGCGGCGGAGGCGCACCGGCGGGAGGUGGAGGAGGCGGCGCGGGAGCGGCGGGAGGAGGUGGAGCAGUGGCGGGCGCGGCUGGAGCAGGAGCGGGGCCACUGGAAGGAGGAGCUGGGCCUGAUCCAGGAGGACCGGGGCAUCAUGAUCACCAAGCUCACCGAGAAGGACCUCGCCCUCGACGAGCUCCGCGAGAAGCUCGAGCUGCAGCAGGCCGACGCGCAGCAGCAGGCCCUCGCCCUCAAGCAGGCCCUCGCGGCCGAGAGCGCCAAGGUGGCCGACGCCGUCAAGGACAAGGCCGACAGCCUGGGCCGCGCCAGGGACAAGGCCCGCGAGGAGCUGGCCGCCGCGCAGGCCGCCCACCAGAAGCUGGCCGACGAGGCCAAGACCCUCAAGGACGAGAUCCUGGCCAAGGUCAACGCCCUCGAGGCCGCCCGCACGACCACCGCCAAGCUCCAGGAGCAGGCCCACGAGCAGCAGGCCCUCCUCGCCCAGCGCGACAAGCACGCCGACGCCCUCCAGGCACAGCUCCAGGCCGCACACGACUCGCUCGCCGCCUCUCACAAGCAGGCCAACGCGCUCAACGAAUCGCUCGAGCGCGCCAUCGAGGGACGCCUCGACGCCGAGAAGCAGCUCCACGACGCACUCGCCCGCCACCAGGAGCUCGAGACCCGCACCGCGGCCGAGCGCGAGCGCCUCGAGACGCGCCUCGCCGGCCUCGAGCGCCAGAACGCCGACCUCGAGGUCAGCCUCCGCACCCAGGCCGACGCCUUCCGCGACGAGCGCGCCCAGCUCGAGGCCGGCGCCGCGGCCCUCCGCGAAGACCUCGAGGCCCGCACCACCGCGCUCGCUGACCUCGAGUUCCAACACGCCACCCUCGCCGCCGCCCACACCGAGUCCGAGGCCGCCGUCCGGACCCUCGAGGCGCAGCUCCAGCAACUGAGGGAGAGCCUCGAGACGGAGAAGGCGCGUGGCGAGGAGGAGCUAGGAAGGGUGCGCGAGGAGAAGGCGAUCGUGGCGAAGGAGCUCCAGGAGCUGCGCCAGCGCUUCGACGACGCCGAGCUCGAGAAGAAGAUCGCCGAACGCAAGUCUCAGCAGAUGAUGAAGGAGCUCAAGAACCAGCUGGCCAAGGAGCGUGCCAAGCAGCAGCCCAAGGGAUCCGGGGCCACCCCUUCCCCCCUCCCCUCCCCCCUCCCCACCCGACGCCUCGACGGAGGUGGCGGCGGCGGACUAUCGGAAUCCGCCGGAGGCACUCCCACCCGAUCACCCGCCCUCCUGCGCGUCCGGAGCGACCUGGGCAGUGGCUCGGCGGGAACGAGUGGUAGCGGGGGCGUGCCCGUGGUGGUGGUGGGCGGCUCCGGCGGGGCGGGCGGCGGGGAGGAGGGCGGCGGUGCGGUGCUGGUGCGUCGCGUGGCCGAGCUGCAGCACCUGGCCGAGUCCCUCCAGCAGCAGGUGGGCCUCCUCCAGGACGAAAAGCAGCAGUCCCGAAUGGGCUGA